UAAACGCUCCAGUCAAGUAAUUUUAAAAAACAGUGCAGUUUUAAAAAAAAGUUGAAAUUUUUUUAUUUUGAUGAAAUAAACUUAGUUACAGUAAAAUUCUAGAAGAAAUACAUAUACAAUACAUAUACAGAUACAAGCGCAAGUUUACGUAAAUAUAGAGAAUAAUAGAAUGUUUUUAUGGUAUCCUCUAAGAAGAUAUCUAUGGUAUUCUUUAAGAAGAACCCACUUUCCGAAGAUAGAGGCAGGCUUGAUAAAGAAAAAUAUGACGUUUUGGCAAGUACCUGUUCAAGAGUAUAAUCCAACUGAUCGUGGUUUGGAUAAAACGGAUAAUACUUUCUCUCUUCUGAAAUAUUUUUCUUUGUUUGAAAACCUUUCUGCUUUAAAUGACAGAAUAAGAAGUAUAAAGUAUACAAAUAAAGAUCUUUUUGAAAACGUCUCGCAUGUGACUCACCCGGUUUUGAAUUGGUCUGUUUUGAAUAAUGAUGGAUUCGUUGUUAAUCUUGAUAUCGAACAUUUUAAACCCGAAGAGGUUACUAUGAAAGUAGAAGGACGAUUUCUUGAAGUAUGUGGCAAACAUAAGAAUAUAAAUGAAAACGGUUUUGAAUGUAGUGAAUUUCUCAGAAAGUACACUAUUCCAGAUGAUGUAGAUCCAACUGCUCUUACUUCAACCAUAAGUGAAGAUGGAAUUUUGCAAAUUCGAGCUCCCAAAAUGUUACCUUUAAAAAAAGAUACUGUAGAACCAACAAAAGAGACUUUUAAAUAUUGUUUAGAUGUAAAAGAUUUUAAACCAGAAGAGAUUUCAGUUCAAAUGAAAGGUAGAUGCUUACUUGUUCAUUGUGAAACCAAAACUGAAAAUACUAAUGAGCACGGGUAUAACUCGCACCAAAAAGAGCUUACAAAAAACAUUUUUUUACCUGACGAUGUUGAUCCAUCACAACUAAGUUUAACUUAUAGCAAAGACUUCAAACUAACUAUUGAAGCAAUACAAAAUUUUCCACAACCUCCAUUACAACUUCAAAUCAAAGUAGAAGAAUAAAGAUGGCUUUAGAGAGGAAAAAUGACAACGUUCUUAUGCUUUCCAAAUGAUUUUAAAUUAAUUCUAAUCUUUCAAUCUUUAUUGUAUUUCUUAAACUUCUUAAGAAAACU